GCCAUCUUGUCUUGUACAGUCCGUAAUACGGAAGCCGCGAGGAGCCAUUGUUUAUAUUCCGUGUGUUCCCAGCCGCCGAUGAAUGAUUUUUACUUUUACUGCCGCCUGCUGGAAACCCACCGCGUUGCGUGGAGCUUGCCGGUUCGUGUAUACCCUCUCAAAGAGAGAAUGGUUUCUCAGACGUUGCCGUUAGACGGAAUUCGAAUCACCAGGAGUUAUCAGACAGUUUCUGCCUCGGAGAGUCUCUCGUCAAAUGGAACCGUGAUCGCUGUUCGUGUCUUGCGAGUCUCUGGAGCCUCCAUAUGCGGCAUAACCCCUGGUCUUCUCUGGCAGCUGAGCUGCCAUAUUCUCUGAGAAAUCUUCCUUGACCUUCCUCUGGAUGUCCAGCAAGGUGACCAUUGGCAGUGACACUGGGCAAGCCCGCCGGGCUGUGGAGCAGCUGCGGAUGGAGGCGGGCAUUGACCGCAUGAAGGUGAGGACCAGGGUGAGGCGGGCGCGUCUGAGUGAGCGGGGCAAGUGGACAGCGGCCCAGGUCGGGCUAACUGGGCUGGUCUGCAGGUAUCCAACAGCUGCCGACCUGCUGCAGUUCUGCACAGAGCAGGCCAAGAGUGACCCCUUUCUCGUGGGCAUCCCGGCCGCCAUCAACCCCUUCAAGGAGAAGAAGCCCUGCGCCAUCCUGUGA